ACCAUGAAUGAAUCCAUCAAUGGAUCGCAACGUACCGACAAGCAUAGUGGUCACACACAAAUGCACUAACAACAAACAACCCUACUCCAUUAAAAACAUGCAGAUUUACAUCCUCCAAUUAUCAAGUGAAGUUGACCUUCCUACACAAAUGAUUAAUGGUGAGACUGAUAUACACCAACUAUAAUGUUGUGCUUGUGCCCUUUCCACAUAUUUAAAAGAGCCUGCAUUUUCUGGUACACAAACAUGAUGAAUAAAAUAUCUACUUCAAAGUGUGUGCAUAUUCAUCAUUAUCAUUAUAAAACAAUCUAGAUCCUCUUGACUUUUCUUAUAUUGGCUUCCUUGUUCAACUUUUGUUCCCUUCUCUUUGAUCUUUUCCUUCCAUCCUAAAUUCCAACAUCACCAAUCAUAUAAUAAAUCAAAUAAUAUUAGUAACAUCUUCUUCACUAUAUAAUCACCUUAUCAUAAUAUAUAUUCACAUACAAAUUCAUUCAUUAUCUCUUAUCAUAAAAAACCAUGGCCGUCCAAAAAUUCAUAACCACACCAAUUUUGAUUUUUCUAAUGGCCCUUUUCUUCAAUGCAUCAUCAUCUUCAUGUUCUAAUAACUAUGGUGUUAGAUCUGCAUAUUGGCCUGCAGGUGGUGACUUUUCACCUUCUUCAAUCAACACAAACUACUUCACACACAUUUUCUAUGCUUUCAUUCAACCCGAACCUGUUUCAUUCAACCUUAUUAUCACCGAAUCCGACCAAAAAUGGGCCCACAACUUCACCAAUGAACUCCGCCACCGUUCUCCGCCGGUGAAAACCCUCUUUUCCAUCGGAGGAGGUGGAAGCAACUCAACACUCUUCUCUGAAAUCGCUAGCACAAAACAAAACAGAGAAAUUUUCAUAAACUCAACAAUCCACGUGGCACGAAAAUAUGGGUUCGACGGCGUUGACUUGGAUUGGGAAUUUCCUCAAAACCAAAAUGACAUGUUUAACCUCGGUUUGUUAUACGAGGAAUGGUAUCAUGCUUUGUUUGCCGAAGCUAAGGUUAGGAGAAAACCACGUUUACUUUUGACUUCAGCUGUUUAUUAUAAUUCCACAAUUAGACUCAUUGGUAAUGGGCCUAGGUCAUACCCGGCCCAAGCUAUCAAUAAAUACUUAGAUUGGGCUAGCCCAAUGUGUUUCGACUAUCACGGCUCAUGGUCUAACAACACGGGCUUUAACGCUGCUUUGUAUGACCCUAAAUCCGAGAUUAACACACAUUUCGGAAUCGGGUCAUGGAUCAAAGCAGGCGUAAGACCCGAAAAGUUAGUUAUCGGCUUAGCGCUAUACGGAAGGACGUGGGAGCUUAAGGAUCCGAAUGUUAAUGGAGUCGGAGCGGAAGCGGUGGGGCCCGCGGUCGAUACGGAUGGGAGUAUGAACUAUGUUGAGAUUUUGAGGUUUAAUAAAGAGAAUGGUGCUAAGGUUGUGUAUGAUAAGGUUGCUGUGUCUUUCUAUUCUUAUGCGGGGAGUACUUGGAUUGGGUAUGAUGAUGGGCUUUCUAUUAGGAUUAAGGUUGGGUUUGCUAAGUUUUUGGGCUUAAAGGGCUAUUUCUUUUGGGCUCUUGGGAAGGAUAAAGAUUGGACCAUCUCAAAACAAGCUUCAAAUACAUGGGGACAUUGACAUUGACCACUACAUCGAGUUUAAUUUCAUGUAAUCUUAGACCUUUAUAAUUAAUAGUCUUUUUUUUUCUUCAUAUAAGAUAUAAAGUCAUUAUUGAAUUCA